AUGUCACUAGCCACGAAGUGCGCGUAUAAUAUAUGUGAUGUCUGUGUACCAAUUUCAAGUCUCUUGCUUCUAAUAGACAUACAACAUACAGAGCGUGAGCAUAUUUGCUGUGCGAGUUCGUCUUUUUUAUAUUAUUAUUUUUUUCUCCUCAUCCGUCGCAAUAGUGUUCGUUGUACAAGUGCAAGAGUUGCUGCUAGCAAAAAAAUGUCGGACAAGAAAAGAUCGAAACGUCGAAAAGAUGAAUACACUGGUCCCGGUGGAGCUGAGGUCGAAGUAGAAAAACCAUCCAAAGAUGAAUAUUCGGUCGCUAAAUGGAUCAAGAAGAAUGUGCCCACAAAAAAGACGAAAUUCUUGAACCAUCACGUGGAAUAUUUCACUGCAUCCAAGACAUUAGAUGCAUUAAUGGCAUCCAAAUUCGCACAAGGAGAGCAAUGUCUCUUUCCAACCCGUGAGAUCGCCAUCGAUUUUCUCGACACAAUGUUGACGCAUAAGUUUUUCCAUCGCGCCAAAAAGGUCCCAGUGUCCGAUGCUGAAUUGCGUCGCGGCAAAAAACCGACCGACAAAGAUAAAUCAGACGAUGAGAAAACGGUAAAGAAGCGUCAAACAUCAGACAAAUCAAAAGAUGACAAAGCAAGCGCUGAUGAUACGGAAACGGGCACCAAUGUUGAAUCAACGAAAAUGGAUAAACCAGUCGAGAAGAAAAAGCGAAAGAUACGUUUGGAUAUGCAUCCCGAUCAAGUGUUUGUCGAUGGUGCUGAGGCAUACGUUUGGAUUUAUGAUCCGAUUCCAAUGCAUUACUGGUUAUUCGGCGCAUUAGUUGUUGUUGGCGCCAUUGUUGUGUGUCUGUUCCCAUUGUGGCCGCCAAUGAUUCGCAAAGGUGUCUACUAUUUGAGUAUUGCUGCAGCUGGUUUCUUGGUAUUUAUUCUUGGUUUGGCCGCUCUUCGUUUUAUGGUAUUCUGCAUCGUAUGGGCACUGACCGGUUCGAAGCAUCAUCUUUGGAUUUUCCCGAAUCUCACCGAAGAUGUGGGCUUCUUUGCAUCAUUCUGGCCACUAUAUACACAUGAAUAUCGUGAUGGUUCGGACAAAUCCAAAAAGAAGAAGCACAAAAAAGAUAAAGACAGUGAUGCUGAAGAUGAUUCGAAUGUGACAUUGUUGGAACCAGAAAAAAUCGAAAACAUCAAAGAGAAUGAAACCGGCACCAUAGUUGCGUCGGCCGUCGAUGCUCUGAUAUCAUCAAACGAUGACGGCGUUGACGACGACCAAAGCGAACGACAAAACGACCAAAAUUCAAAGAAUUCCAGCGAAGUCGAAAGAGACAGCGACUCGGAAAGUUCACAUCGUUCGACUGAUAAAGAUUUCGAAAUAGUUAAUACCGAUGAUGUAGACACUUCUUAAUUUAUCAAACAUUCUAUUUGCUUUUAAUCACACAAUUUUUCGUUAGACAAAAAUAAAAAGAGUGUAAUGAAUAAAUGGUGGAGAAUAAUAAUUUGAGGGACAAAACAAAAUAAGACACAACAAGAAUCUACGACGAGAAACAAUAAAAUUACUCGGUAUUUCAAGCUGAUGAAGAGCAGUGGCGAAUCAAGAGACCAUUCGUGCUGCUGUUUCUUCGCGUUAUAUCAUUUCCUUUUUAUAGUGAAAAAAAACAACAACAACCGAAAAAUCGAUUUAAAUCUUUUAUUUACCAUCAAUUCUAUAUCUAUCGGAACCUCUUUUGAUAAAACUACAAACAAAAACCACAACACAUUUAAAUGAAUUAUGAAUGUAAUGUUGAUGUCAAACUUUGCAUUUAGUUUCAAUAAUCGAUUCUUUUCUUUCUUCUUUUUAUUUGGAAUAGGAUACAAACAAUGCUGUAAUUGAUUGCAUUUUUCUUAAUUUUUUUCUCGAAAAUUGUUUGCAAUUUAAUUGCACGCUAUUUAUUUUACUAAAACAACAACAAAAUUGCGUCGAUUCAACAAAUCGCAAUGUUUCGAUCUAACAUGAACUUUUUCUAAAGGAAAAAAAAAACCAAAAAUUUGUAAUUCGGUCCACCUCCUUUUGUAAAUUAUUAGUGAACAAUCAGACAAACAGAUGAAAAAAAUUACAAUUGAAUCUUAAAUUAUUAAGUAAAAUAUAUAUAGAUGGAAAUAUGAAUGUGCAACCACUUAUUCUUCCGAUUGAUUUGUUAAAGUAUUUUAUGCAAUUCCAGUUACGAUUUGAUUGAGUGUUUAUCUGAUGAAAUUAAUGAAGAAAAAAACAAUGAAAAGAGUAAUUAACACUGGCUGCAAUAUCAUAUAAGCCAAUUUACACCCAGACACACAAUUAAAUUUUCCUUUUAAUUUUUAUUUAUUGAUGGUAAUACCGUGUAAUUUCUUAUUGCUGUCAGAUGGAAAACUGGAAUUUAUUUAUGUAAUAAAGCAUUAUGUAUUUAAUAUCGAUAAAAA